AUGGAAGACGAUGAUGUUAUAGAAACACUCUUUAAAAGAGACAGUGAAUCGAGGAAAAGGGACAGAUGUACAAUAUGCAAGAGCGAUUAUCGAAAAGCCAUUAAUACAUUUAUGAAUUGGGAAAUUGUGCUAUUACUAACGAACCUUUUAGUUUUUCUCAUAAUAAUAUAUAAAUAUUUAAGAGAUAAAAAAUUAGAUACAACGCAUAAAAAGUUGUUUAGGUCUUAUGAAAGCGCCGGUCAUUUUAUGCAGGGUUUAACAUUUGUUAUUAUGACUGUGCCAUUCAAAUUUACCAAGAAAAUAAUAAAGUUUAUCUUCAACUGUGUGAUGAAAAAUGAUUCAUACAUGAAUGAAGCAAAACAAAUAUAUGAAAAUGUUGGAGGUAUUCACGAUAUUGAAGCAAAUAAAAUAAAUAAUUACUUAUCCAAUGAGGAAGAUGGAGAAAUAGGAAUAAAGUCAAAGGGAAUCGAAAGAAACUCAGCCGUAAACACCACUCAAGAUAAUAUCCAUGAAAAUAAUAUAGAAAGAGAAAUAGCAAAUGGACACUGUUUAAAUCCAUAUAAACAUGAAACAUGGGGAGAGGGAAAUGGAAACGAGCAUCUUGUCGAAAUUGGUGCUAAUAGGAAUAAUACUUGUUGUAAUGGCAGUGGUAAUACUCACAAGAAUUCCUCUGGGGAACGAUCAAAUAUGAAUAGACGAAGGAAGGGGGGAAACGGGAGUAGAGAAGGCUUUUGUGGAAUAGAAGAUAAUGGAAACAUUUCCUUAUACGAAUCUUUUGUUAAUAGCUUGGGUUUCCCAGCCAACAUACCAAAACAUACAAAAGAAAAAGUUCAGUAUUUUUUUUUAUGCGCAAAAUUAUUUUCACAGAAAAAAAGCGCAUACCUUUUUGUUUUCAAAUACGUCCUUACCUUCAUACUGAUGUUUGCAUAUCCAUUAUACAAUUUGAUAAAGAGAAUGAUACGCUAUAAUUAUUUUCACGAAUCAUCUUACUAUAUGAAUGAAUUCGACUUUGCUUCUGGUUUACUUGGAGGAGUAAUAUUUGUUUUCGUAUAUGGAUUUUUCAGAUUUUUUAUUAACCUUUAUAUGAAUAGAAAAAAUGAGAAAUUUUACUUUUAUGAUAAUUACCCUUUUCUGACCGAAGUGAAAUGCUUAUGCGACAAGAACAUAAGGAUCAUUAUAAAUAAUAAUCCAAACUUAAAAGGAUUAGCGAUACGUUACUUGAAUUCAUAUUGUAAUUACAAAACCCUUCUUUUAAUGGGUCUUAUAAUUCUAUCGAAUGUACGUGCCUUUUCCUUCCUUUUUUCCCUUACCUCCUUGACGAGAAGUAUGAAUACAGAAGCCCAAAAAGAGUAA